AUGGACGCGAAAGACGAUCCGAGCCACGCCAAGCCUGCACUUCCCCUCCUCCUCGCGCCCGCCGCGCUCUACCUCUUCUCGGUCUCGCUCCUGUUUCCCAUCUUUCCGUCGCUCCUGAAGUUCGCUCUGCCCGCUGGAGUGCCCGAGCGUGGCGCGGAGACCACCGCGCUGUACGGCUUGCUGCAGCAGAUUAAGGCCGUCCUCGACCUCUUUACGCUGCCAGUGCUCGGCAGGGUCAGCGACUAUGUCGGCCGCAAGCCGGUGACGCUCUGGUGUCUCGUGCUCGCCCUGCUGCAGCUGCUGCUCAUCACGCCGCCCUCACGAACGGGCGCCGCGCCCGAGACGUACCACGCCUGCCUCGUCGCCUCGCGCGUGCUCGGCGGCAUGAGCGACGGCGUGCUCGUGCUGCUGUUUGCCUCCCUGACAGACGUGGCGGACGGCGCGGCGCUGCCGGUCCUCUUCGGGAGGGUGGGACUCGUGUUUGGCUGCGCGUUCACGCUGGGCCCGCUCACCGCCGCCCUCCUCCUCGCCCGGUCGGGCGAGGUCGCCGUCCUCCUCCUCUCCGCCUGCUGCACCCUCCUCGCGCUCCUGCUCUACGCGGGCACGAGGAGACAGCCGCUAAACCUCCGCCACGAGCCUCACAGAGGCUCUUCUCGGAACCUGCUCGGAGCCUCGUGGAUGUGUAGGACGGAGACCCUCCUCGCCGCGCGACGCUCGCGCCUGCCCACGUCGCUGACGGCGCAGUUUCUCCUCUACUUCUCUCCCGUCUACCAGUUGCAGCAGCACGCAGGCAUCUUCCUCUCCGCCAUCGGCGUCGUGGUGGGAGUGACGCAGGGGCUGCUGCUGCGGCCGACGAGCGCCGCGCUGCAGCGGUGGGUCGGCGAGACGUACGAGCGAGCGGUCGUCGGCACCGCUCUGGCCGCGAACGCGCUCCACUUCGCGCUCCUCGCCUUUGUGUCGAGCGGGACGGCGUGGUUCCUGCUGCUGCCGCUGAGCGGCCUCGCCUCCUUCGCGGCGCCGGUGCUGCGCGGCAUCGUGAUGCGCACGCAGCCUGUCGGCCGGCGAGGGGGGCGCCGAGCGCGCCGCUCUCGGCUGGCUCGGCGCGACUCAGCCCCCUUUUGCGAACCACGACGUAGGUUCGGGAGCGUCAACGCCAUGUUCUCUACGUGCGCUGUGCUUGCGCGCGUCUUUGGGAGCGCCUCUCCUUCUCCUUCCUGGAGGCGCGGCGCGCCACGGAGCGCCGUCUUCCCGUGGAUCCUCGCGCGCUCGCAGGAGGGCGCCGUCUUCCCGGGCGCGCUCAACUUGGCCGCGAGUGCGGUCAUGCUGUGCUGCCUCGCCGCCGCGGUCAGGGCGACGGCGCUCUUCCCGCCGCACCUCCUGCGGCCGCCCUCGAGAGAGAGUGUUGUGUUGUCGCCCUCGCAGAGCGACGGCGAGGAGCUCGUCGGCGUGCGCACGGGCGUCGACGGGGGAGAGUCCUCCUCCGCCAGGGAGCAUGCCUCCUCCCCAGGGCCGGAUCCCUUUGCCGGGGGCGCGGGAGUGCGGCGGCUACGGACGGACCGGACGAGCCCGGUGUAGUGACGCAGUGUGUACAGCUAAAAUAAAUAGAUAAAGAA